AUGUCUCUACGGUCAUUUGGCGUUCUAAUCACCGCUCUUGCACUGUGCGCUCUUGGAGUUUCGGCUUCAGGCAGUGCAUAUUCGCCCAUUGCAUUGAUGCUGCCCUCUUUCACAAAGGAAUGUCUGUACUUUGAUUUGACAUCUCAAGAUGAUUCGGUGGUAAUGAGCUACCAAGUGCUCACUGGUGGGAAUUUUGAAAUUGACUUUGAGAUCACUUCGCCAGACGGUCAUGUAAUUGCCACUGAAAAGCAGAAGAAGUACUCCGAUUUUCUGUUGAAAUCGUUCGGUUUGGGCCAAUAUUCCUUCUGCUUCUCUAAUAGCUAUGGCACAGCGCUGAAGAAAGUCGAAGUGACACUAGAGCUCGAAAAGGAGGCCCUAGGGGCAAACUCUGCGCCUGAGGACAUUCUCUCCAGUCACUCGAUCGAAGAAAUUGAGAGAAACCUUUCGAAAAUCAGCAAAAUGAUGAACUACUUAAGAGCUAGAGAAUGGAGAAACAUGGACACCGUUAAGUCUACGGAGAGUAGACUGGUGUGGAUGUCCAUGCUGGUUAUGGGGCUCAUGGUUGGCAUCAGUGUCAUUCAAGCAACGAUCGUGCAGUUCUUGUUUAAGGACCGUCAAAAGAAUUACGUUUGA